AUGACGGAGAGGAGAUUAGCUGGCGGGAGAGAGGCAACUUCGCAGGCGGCCGAAGAGGCGCGUGCCGCCGACUGGGAUAGCCUCCCCACGGACGUCAUCGGCCUCAUCGUCACGGUGUUCUCGCCGUUCGCGACCAAGAACCUGCAGGCCCUGCGGCUCAUCAGCGGCCACUGGCGCCGCAGCGUGGACGCGACCGUGGAGCGCCUCGUGGUGCUGAGCCAUAAGGGCCGGCCCGACCGGUCCGUCUCCGCCCUCCUGGCCACCGUCAGCCGCAAGUUCGCGGCCCUUAAGGCGCUCCACGUGCGCGUGCUUCGACUGGGGCGCGACAGCAUGGCGCGCGUGGCGCACCUGUCCAACCUAGUGUCCCUGGAUCUGGGCUUCACGGGGAUCGGCGACGACUGCCUUCCCCACGUCCUGCGCCUGCCGCGCCUGACGUCCCUGGACCUGGGGUUCACGCGGGUGGGAAACGCCGGCGUGGGAAGGCUGCCCGCGCUGUCCGACCUCUCGACGCUGUGCCUAAGCGGCACGCGGGUCAGCAGCGAGGCGCUGGCGCACCUCUCCGCCCUCCCCCUCACAUCCCUCGACCUGGGGCACACGCGCGUGGGCGGCCCGGGCUUCGAGCGGAUCGCAGAUCUCGCCCCCCUGCGCCGGCUGGGGCUGGGCAACUCCCUGGUGGGGGACGAGAGCCUGAGGCACCUGGCGGGGCUGACGAAUUUGGCGAUCAUCGACCUGUGGCACACGUUCGUGAGCGACUCGGGCGUGAUGCACCUGUCCGGCCUGGACGGCCUGCGGACGCUGUACCUCUACGACACGCAGGUGAGCUCGCUGGGCGUGCAGCACCUGUCGCGCCUCAGCAACCUGUCUAUACACAAGGAGCAGGAGUACUGGGGAUGGUCCUGA